AGAGCAAGAUUUAGCAAGGGUGGAACGGUGGGGUGGAGAGGUACUGGUUGGUCUGUAGAAUUAAGAGACUGAAUAGAGUUAUGGAUUUGGUGUCUUGGAUUGCGAAAGGAAUUUUCCAGAAGUCUCUGCAUAGGAAGCAAAGGGAGUUCUGGGGACCCAAAGACCUAGAAGCAAUGUAUGAAACUGUUUAUGAGUGUGUGAAGUUUCACAGAGUUCAGGGAUUCAGCAAGAAAGUCUUCACCCUUUGCGAUCAGGACUCGUAAUGGAACCUGAGUUUCCUGCAAGAGGCAGAAUCUCCCUCACUUGUUAACCAGACAUCCCUCCUCAUGUGUGUCGACUGGUAAAGAAACCGCCUGCAAUGCAGGAGGCCUGGGUUCGAUCACUGGGUUGGGAAGAUCCCCUGGAGAUGGGAAAGGCUUCCCCACUCCAGUACUCUGUCCUGGAGAAUUCCAUGGACUGUGGAGUCAAUGGGGUCGCAAAGAGUUGGACACGACUGAGCGACUUUCACUUCACCUCAUCAUGAGGCAGCCAUGGUAUGACUACUCACUCCACUCUGAACGUGGACCCACUGAAAGCGGUUGGCUUCAGAGGAAAAGAGAAUGACCAGUCAUAAAGCAGGAGAUUAUUCAAGGUCAUCUGCCCAAGCUCCGCUUUGUGUGUCCCUCCAAGCUGUGGUGACAGAGAGUGUGCAAUUCCUCCAGGGGAUGAGUGGAACAUGAUGUCAGGUCUUAUCUUCUUAUCAGUUAUAUAAGUAGAUAGAAUUAAUUCUACAGAAGGUUCAAAACAGUGGCUCUGUGAAUGAGGUGUUUGAGCUGGGAGACAAGAAAAGGGGAUAUCAGAUGCCUUGAGCAUUUAGCCCUGUGCCAAGUUCUAAAGAAAUGGUUCCUAAGUGGCAGUGGUUUUGUCCCCCAAGGGGCAUCUGGUGAUGUCUGGACACAUUCUUGGUUGUCACAUUUGGGUUGUAGAGUACUACCGGCCCCUAUUAGGUAGACACCAGGAAUACCAUUAAACAUCCUACAGUGAACUGAACAGCCUCCACAACAAAAGAAGUAUCCGGCCCAAAAUGUCAACAGCGCCAAAGCUGAGGAACUCUGCUCCAUCACGUAUCCUGAAUUCAGAUCUUGGCUGUCUCUUUUCCUGAUUGUGUGAUCCUGAGUGUAGCCUUCUGGAAGAGAGGAGCCGUAUCUGCAUGUCACAUAGCUGCAUUUCAGACGAGGCUCCUGCUGAAAGCAGUGUUCUCAAGUUCCCAAGACACGGUCCAGGCCUCUUCCAGGUCUGAGGCCGUCUCCAUGCCUGAUGCUUUAGUGAUGGGACUUCAUGCUUCCUGGCAAAGUGUGGCAGCUUUAGGAAAGGAAUCCUUGACGUUCUCUUCUGCCUCAGAGAGCCUGGUGGAGCUGCAGACAGCUGAGCAGGGUUUGUCCCUCCAGAGCAUGAACGCUCAGCCGUUCAGUCCCGGGUGGUGCUAGCAGGCCCCUUGGAAAGAAGAGCCAUGGCCGCGGCCGCAGCCUCUCACCUGAACCUGGACGCGCUGCGGGAAGUGCUGGAAUGCCCCAUCUGCAUGGAGUCCUUCACGGAGGAGCAGCUGCGGCCCAAACUCUUACACUGCGGCCACACCAUCUGCUGCCAGUGUCUGGAGAAGCUCCUGGCCAGCAGCAUCAACGGCGUCCGCUGCCCCUUUUGCAGCAAGAUCACCCUCAUCACCAGCCUGGCCCAGCUGACCGACAACCUGACGGUGCUGAAGAUCAUCGACAAGGCGGGGCUCAGCGAGGCGGUGGGGCUGCUCAUGUGCCGCUCCUGCGGACGGCGGCUGCCGCGGCAGUUCUGCCGGAGCUGCGGCGUGGUGGUGUGCGAGCCGUGCCGGGAGGCGGAGCACCCGCCGCCGGGGCACUGCGCGCUCCCGGUCAAAGAGGCGGCGGAGGAGCGGCGGCGGGACUUCGGCCGGAAGUUGGCGCGUCUGCGGGAGCUCACGGGAGAGCUGCAGCGGCGGAAGGUGGCCUUGGAGGGCGUCUCCAAGGACCUUCAGGCCCGGUAUAAGGCGGUCCUCCAGGAGUAUGGGCACGAGGAGCGCAGGGUCCAGGAGGAGCUGGCUCGCUCCCGGAAGUUCUUCACGGGCUCGCUGGCCGAGGUGGAGAAGGCCAACAGUCAGGUGGUGGAGGAGCAGAGCUACCUGCUCAACAUCGCCGAGGUGCAGGCCGUGUCCCGCUGCGACUACUUCCUGGCCAAGAUCAAGCAGGCCGACGUGGCGCUCCUGGAAGAGGCAGCCGACGAGGAGGAGCCCGAGCUCACCGCCAGCCUGCCCCGGGAGCUCACCCUGCAGGACGUGGAGCUCCUCAAGGUCGGCCACGUCGGCCCUCUCCAGAUCGGGCAGGCGGUCAAGAAGCCCCGGACGGUCAACAUGGAAGACUCGUGGGCCAUGGAGGCAGCGGCCUCUGCCGCCCCUUCCUCGGUUACGUUUAGAGAGAUGGACGUGAGCCCCGAGGACGUGGGGGCCAGCCCGAGGGCCUCGCCUGCCAAGCAGCGGGGUUCCGACCCGGCCGGCAACAUCCAGCAGUGCCUCUUUCUCAAGAAGAUGGGGGCCAAAGGCAGCGCCCCGGGCAUGUUCAACCUCCCGGUCAGUCUCUACGUGACCAGUCAAGGCGAGGUGCUGGUUGCUGACCGCGGCAACUACCGCAUACAAGUCUUUACCCGCAAAGGCUUUCUGAAGGAGAUCCGCCGCAGCUCCAGCGCCAUGGAUAGCUUUGUGCUGAGCUUCUUUGGGGCCGACCCGCCCAACCUCACUCCUCUGUCAGUGGCCAUGAACUGCCACGGGCUGAUCGGCGUGACUGACAGCUACGACAACUCGCUCAAGGUAUACACCUUGGACGGCCACUGCGUGGCCUGUCACCGGAGCCAGCUGAGCAAACCCUGGGGCAUCACAGCCCUCCCGUCCGGCCAGUUUGUGGUAACCGACGUGGAAGGUGGAAAGCUCUGGUGCUUCACGGUUGACCGAGGCGCGGGGGUGGUCAAAUACAGCUGCCUCUGCAGCGCCGUGCGGCCCAAGUUUGUCGCCUGUGACGCUGAAGGCACCGUCUACUUCACCCAGGGCCUGGGUCUCAACCUGGAGAACUGGCAGAACGAGCACCACCUGGAGGGCGGCUUCUCCAUCGGCUCCGUGGGCCCCGACGGGCAGCUGGGUCGCCAGAUCAGCCACUUCUUCUCCGAGAACGAGGAUUUCCGCUGCAUCACCGGCAUGUGUGUGGACGCCCGUGGUGAUCUCAUCGUGGCCGACAGCAGUCGCAAGGAAAUCCUCCACUUCCCCAAGGGUGGGGGCUACAGCGUCCUUAUUCGAGAGGGGCUCACUUGUCCGGUGGGCAUCGCCCUCACUCCAAAGGGGCAGCUGCUGGUCCUGGACUGUUGGGAUCAUUGCAUCAAGAUUUACAGCUACCAUCUGAGAAGAUACUCUACCCCUUAGGGGCUGGGGAAUAUUCGUUUCUUCUGCUCCCCAACCACCUGCCCUUCCCUUAUCCCUUGGUUGUUGGCGGUACUGUAGAGUAGACUUGGCCUGUGUCUUGACUCCAACUGGCUAGUUGUAGAAGUUUAGAAGCUCUGUCUUUAGCGGGUUUGUUUGUUUGUUUGUUUGUUUUAAUUAUUCUCAAAGUUUAGAGCUUUAACAGAUGCAGUAUCCCCCAUAGGACACGUGAUUUGAGGUUAGCUGACAUUUGAUUAGAACAUAUGCCCUUCCAAGGCUUCAGUAGAGAGCCUUCUGCCCCUGUAUUUGAAAUCGCCCCUUGUAUUGAGUCCUUGUUGAGUUCCCCCUCUUUUGGCUUUGGUAACUCUGGUCCCUUCCUUCCUUCCUGUUCUAACAUGCUUCAUCGGUGGCGCUUUCCCUUUAACUUGCUGCGUUCAGUGGGCACGCUACAGUGGGACCUCCUUCACCUUUCUGUGACACUUCAGACAUCACAUCCCUGUGACGUGGUGUCUCGGGUCUGACCACCUUUACCAUCUGAGAGACCAUUCGCUUAGUGCCACCACGGGAGCGCCACACUCCCCACCAGGAGGCAGUACUUUCCUGGCUCUAGGGGUUUUGCGAUAUCUUGGAUUGGUCUCUAAUUGCAGGUGUGGCCAAGGAUCCAGGGCAGAAAAUGGAUCGACCCCCGUUGGUUGGUGUUGAAGACUUUAGCCUGGGAAUCACUUGCCUUUUAAAGGAGCAUAUGGAUUGGAAAAGUUAUGCCAAAGCACAGGAAGAUGGAAAUAAAAAUAAAUGCUACUGUAGUCAGCAGACAUUAAUGAGUAGUCUCUAGAGCGCAUCCAUUUUUCAUAUUACCUCUCUCCGCUGACCUGUGAUAGGAGCUGUCUGCAGAAUUGUACCACACAGGCCAGGGCCAAGAAAGUGGGGAGGUGGACGCAUCUCAUUUUCAUUACUAAAACAAAAGUGUUGGGUCCUCAUUGUGCAUUUUCCCCAAGUGAGUGCAUAAUUUUUGGUUGGGGGAUUUAUUUCCAUCCCUCUAUCAAGCAUUAAAUAAUUAAUAACUGUUUCUUCAUCA